GGUGGUCUAUCCAUUGCCAUUACUUAUACACCGUUUUCGUUUUGCUUGUAAUAACUAUCUGGUGGUCUCGUGUGGCCCGAUCCGAUUGCAACCUCUAGAUCGUAGUGAAAAGGGGUGAGAGAGGAAGAACGGAAAGCUAAAGCAGCGGAAGUAGACGACGAGACGUUGUUCCCGAGAAUGGGAGAGAAGGCGGAAGAGGCGGUGGCGGUCCCGCUGCUGGGGCCCUCUUCGCCGGCGGGAUCGCCGGGGCGAUGGCGGGGGCCGGAUGGACAGGCGACGAGCGGUGGAGGGGCCACGUGGGCCCAGACCCUGGGGAACAUCGUGGUCUCCAUCGUCGGCACCGGAGUGCUCGGCCUCCCCUUCGCCUUCCGCGUCGCCGGCUGGCUCGCCGGCUCCCUCGGCGUCGCUGCCGCCGGACUGGGCAACUACUAUUGUAUGCUUCUCCUCGUCCAGUGCAGACAUAAGUUAGAAGAAGAAGAAGAAGAAAUAGAUAAGCCAAAUCAAAUCCAAACUUAUGGAGAUUUGGGUGAAAAGGCCUUUGGGUCGGUAGGCCGCUAUCUAACUGAACUUCUUAUCUUAGUUGCCCAAACUGGAGGUUCUGUAGCUUACCUUGUCUUCAUUGGACAGAACCUCUCCUCUGUCUUCUCUUCGACUAAAACCAAAGACCAACCAAUCUCACCUUCUGUUUUUAUUUUUCUUGUCCUCCUUCCAGUUGAAAUUGUCCUUUCAUUCAUCCGAUCUCUUGCCUCGCUUGCCCCCUUCAGUGCCUUUGCUGAUGCCUGCAAUGUUCUUUCCAUGGCUAUAGUCAUGAAGGAGGAUUUCCAACUAUUCAAUAGGCCCCUUAAGACAAGGAAUGCUUUUAACGGGGCUUUGGGUUUACCAUUCGCAGCUGGGGUGGCUGUCUUCUGUUUUGAGGGCUUCAGCAUGACUCUGGCCUUGGAGAGAUCGAUGACUGAAAGAAAGAAGUUUCACUGGGUGCUCUGUCAGGCAUUUCUUGGGAUUUCUCUUGCUUAUAUUUGUUUUGGGAUAUUUGGCUACUUCGCCUAUGGUGAUGAGACUAAAGAUAUCAUAACGCUCAAUCUUCCCAACAACUGGUCUGCUAUUGCAGUGAAGGUUGGGCUCUGCAUUGCUCUAGCAUUCACAUUUCCGAUCAUGAUGCACCCAAUUCAAGAGAUUCUCGAGGCAAAGCUGAAGUCAAGCAGAUGGUUUCACAAGGCAUGCAACAGAGUCCAAGCUGCUGAGUGGAUAGGCUUGCAUGGGAUCCGCAUACUUGCCUUGGUGGCGCUGGCUGUGUUGGCUUCAUUUAUCCCGGGCUUUGGGGCAUUCAUCUCUUUCGUUGGAAGCACUCUGUGUGCCCUGCUCUCUUUUGUCUUGCCAGCCUCAUUUCAUCUCACCUUCCUGGGUUCAUCAAUGGCAUUAUGGCAGAGAAUGUUGGAUUACUGUAUACUUCUUGUUGGUCUGGUGUUUGCUUUAUAUGGAACAUAUGAUGCCAUCUCGGGCCAUUCCAUCAGUUCUUGAUAUGACUUUGUUGGUCAGAGGAGAUCUCAGCCUCAGUUUAUGUGCUCUUGGCUUGAUUCCAUAGGAUGAAGUCACAGGUGGCAGGAUAAACAGCUCUUAGCUGGUUGCUGAGGGAUUAGCCUUCAUGUCCUUGGUAAUGUAAGCCUAUGCAGUCAUCAUAGCUUAGCGGGACGGCUGCAUGACGCUUGUGUAAUCUUUUUGGAGAAGCAUAUAACUAGCGUCCAGUUUGCAGCAUUUCCCAGGAGAAGAUCUCUUGAAUCAAUCGUCACACCGCACAAUUUUUAAUUAACAUUGUACGCUGGGGUCCCUCACAAGUUGCAGAGUCAAUAAAACGGACAUGAUAUACUUUGUUUUUA